AUGGCCCCUAUUCGUGUCCUGUUGACGAACGAUGACGGUCCUCCAUCCCGGGACUCGCCAUUUAUAUUAGGUCUAUUCGUAUAUUUAUGCACACGAGGCUCGGCGCUAAAUCCUGUUGUGUUGCCCAGCUCGCAGAAAUCAUGGAUCGGGAAAGCGUAUCAUAUCAAAGAGAAGAUCUAUGGAAGGUAUUACUAUCCACUAAUUUUGCAUUCAGACGCACGAUCCGAGGUUUCUGACGCGUCGAGGCCAUUGAAAGAGGGCGAACUAGGAGAAUGGAUCCUUUUAGACGCUACUCCAGCAACAUGCGCCAAUAUUGCCAUACAUAACAUAUUUCCAGGAGAAAUAGACCUUGUCAUUUCUGGCCCAAAUUUUGGACGGAACACAUCUUCGGCAUUUGUUCUGUCUUCAGGAACUGUAGGAGCAGCCAUGUCGUCCUCCCUGUCCCUCAUUCGGAGCAUAGCGCUCUCAUAUGGGGUUUUUACGCGUCAUUUCCCUACGGACUAUGUUCAACCGUCACAUGAACUUUCUCUGAAGAUCAUUGGGAAGUUGUGGAAUCAGUGGGGGAAGGAUCCAUCGGGUCUAAGGAACGGAGAGGUAGACCUGUAUAAUGUAAAUAUACCCCUAGUGCCAGAAAUCCUUCGGGAAGGUGGGAUGGAGGUUGCAUGGACACGAAUAUGGAGAAAUUCCUAUACAUCAUUGUUCCAGCCCCAAGACUCGGAGACAAGCACCAUGCCGGCGGGUCCCGACGCAAGGGUUGUUGCGAAGAAUUCUUCAUCUUCACAAGAACAGAACCAAGUUGUCUCGGCACCGGACCUCGCAUUCAAAUUCUCGCCUCAAAUGUCCCCACUUGUAGAUCCGCCGAUUAGCUCCUUACCUUACGGAACGGAUGCAUGGGCCGUACAUCAUGCUAAAGCCUCCGUGACACCUCUACGGACCAGCUUUGCAGAACCCGGAAGCGAUAGUAUGGUUCUUGUUGGGGAGUCGUUUGAUAAUUCGCCAUCAGUCGGAGAAGCAGGUCGGGCGUUCAAACUAUGA